GAUUGUUGUCAAUGACAGGCUCGAGCUGGAUCUAAAGUCAUGGCGUUGAUCAGUAGAAGUUGUGGAGCUGCGAGCCGAUAUUCUUCAAGUCAUCUGUUUUUACCAUCUAAAGGCGCCGAGGCGGCUAAUGUGUACUGUAACAGACUGAGCACUGCUGCCAGCACAUCAUCAUCAUCAUCACCAUCCACACACAAUGACAGGAAGAAAGACCUGAGGGAGGAUGGACUGAACCUGCAGGACUUCAUAUCUGGAGAGCUGUCAGAAAAGAGCAAGUGGGAGGAAUACAGAGGCAACCUAAAGAGAGAAAAAGGAGAAAGGUUAAGGCUACCACCAUGGCUGAAGACAGAGAUUCCUAUAGGGAAAAACUACAACAAAUUGAAGAAUACACUUAGAGAAUUAAACCUCCACACAGUCUGCGAAGAAGCCCGUUGUCCAAAUAUUGGUGAAUGUUGGGGUGGAGGAGAGUACGCCACGGCCACAGCCACCAUUAUGUUAAUGGGGGACACAUGCACACGUGGCUGUAGGUUUUGUUCAGUUAAGACAGCGAGACGUCCUCCACCUCUUGACCCCGAUGAGCCAUAUAACACCGCUAAAGCCAUUGCAGCAUGGGGUCUGGACUAUGUAGUACUCACAUCAGUGGACCGAGAUGACAUUCCUGAUGGUGGCGCUGAACACUUUGCAAAGACUGUCUCCAACAUUAAAGAAAGGAACUCUAAAAUCUUGGUAGAGUGUUUGACUCCUGAUUUCCGUGGCGAUCUGGCAGCGGUGGAGAAAAUUGCUUUGUCUGGCCUUGAUGUUUAUGCUCACAAUGUAGAGACGGUCAGAGAGUUACAGAGGCAUGUACGUGACCCCCGGGCAAACUUUGACCAAUCACUGAGUGUUUUACGACAUGCUAAAAAGGUGAAAUCCAGUGUGCUCACAAAAACUUCUAUCAUGCUGGGGCUCGGAGAAACAGAUGCACAAAUACAAGCCACUUUAACAGAAUUGAGGGACUCUGGUGUGGAUUGUCUAACCCUGGGGCAGUACAUGCAACCAACCAAACGCCAUCUUAAGGUGGAAGAAUAUGUCACCCCUGAAAAGUUUGCGUUUUGGGAGAAGGUUGGCCAGGAGAUGGGCUUCAUCUACACUGCCAGUGGACCACUUGUGCGCUCGUCUUAUAAAGCAGGGGAGUUCUUUUUGAAGAAUCUGCUGGAAAAGAGGAAGACUGAAGAAACCACAGCAACAGCAGAGUAAACCUGCUCCACAUCUCCUGUGUUCUACAGUACUCUCUCUCUCUCUGCUUAAAUAUUAAACAAUAUAACACUGAUGCUCCACACAAAAAUGAAAGUUGCCAUCAUUUGCUCAACCUCAUGAUGUUUUCUUGUGCGGAACACAACAUACAUACUUUAAUCCUAGAGGUGAGGAAAUGGUUACAGGAUUCAAAAUCCAGGGCUACAAAAUGCCUUGAAGUAUACUUAUUACAAAAUAAACUGCUACAGUUGCAUUCUGUAAAAGUGUUUAAAUAAAGAUGUUGGGUUGGUUGUUUUAGAAAUGAAUCUCAGAAUAUAUUAAAUGAAUUCUUGUCAAA